AUGACGGAUAGAGGAUUCCAAAUCACGCAGCACUUCGAUGAUGAAGAUCGCUGGACAUUUCUCACCGACGAUGAGGAGGAUCUUGAAGACAUACAGUCGCCAGACAGCAAGCCUGAGUUAUCCAAACGAGUCAGGCACGUCGGCAAGCUGAAAGACUCGACAGCGAUGCAGAUCCUACCUCUGGAUAUCAUCUACGAACUUCUACCUUUCCUCGAGACUCGCGAUCUUCUGAUGUUCAUGCGUUCAUGCAAAGCUCUCAGAGAGCGCGGCGCAAGGCAUCUUCUCUGUCGAAGCAUACCCGUGCGAAAGAUCCAGAUAUUCGAGCAAUUCAUGGCGGCUUCAGACUCUCGCUAUCGAUACCUAUCGCAUCUUGUCUACUCGCCUCGUCACCUCGUAGCAAUGGACGCUACGAAGCUACUGUCUGUCUUGUCGCAGGCCACGGCCCUGCAAUCGCUAGCCCUACUAUGCGAUAUGGACGAGCUAGGAGACAUGAUGAAGACGAAACUGUUCAACGCGGCAUUCCGUAUACCGUCUCUCCACCGUCUACAUCUCAGCUUGCAAGGCACAUAUAACCUUGGAGAUCGCGCUCUACUCCUAAGACUGGGUCCAAGCCUCACCAGCCUGAGGCUUUCAUUCGCUACGACAACAGACCCGUUCUCAGUCUUGUCGCCAGCACUACUGAGUAAUCUGGAAACCCUCGACCUAGAAAAAACGUCGUUCAUGCCGUUGGAAACGCCCCUCCUCAAGCUGAACAGUUUAUCCCUGCAUGAUUCAAUUGUCAGGACUGGCACUCUCGUCACAUCUUUCCCUAACCUUCGACACCUGCGAAUAUCGAACUCCGGCCGUCACGCGCAUCUCCCUCCGAAGGAAGCGGAGAUGAAGGCUGUGCGAUCUAUCAAUGAAGUUGGGCAGAUUGCGCAUACCUGGCCUUCCCUCGAUACACUAUCCGGCAACCUCAUUGCCCUUCACAACCACGCAAUAGCUAUUCCAGUGACGGCUCUGCACGUCGAUACUGACAUCGUGAUCGGGAUCCACGACCAGCUCCUGGAUACUGUUCUCCAAGACACACAACCAACUCGCCUCUCACUCACGCUUGAUCAUCGUACUGCAGAAGCCACUUCGUCGCUUCUGGAAGGUGUCAGAGCUCUCAUCCGGCCGGCCGCAAACAUCAGGCAUCUUUCUCUCAAGGUAGUGUGGCGCUCCUGCGAAACAAGCGCUGGGGAUGUGCGGGCUGCGAAGAGUUUCACCGAUGCGCUCUUUGACAUGAUUUCGCACUCUCCUUUGGAGACAAUACGGCUCAACAUUACGAAAACGAUGUUGUUCCGUCAACCUCAACCUGAUGACGGUGUUGGCCUGGGUGCUCAUGAGAUUGCUCUCAGACUGGCACAGGAAAUCACGGGCCUUCGGCACAUUUUAGUCCAUUAUCAGAUUCUAAACCUGGAGCGUACGCGUAUGCGGUAUUGGGAGGUACUUAGGAAGGGGGAGGAGUUGGACAUGCGCGAGUCGGAGCCUUGGAUCGGCGAACAGAUGGUGGGCGAGGAUGUCGCCAGCUCUGAAUUGGUAGCGCAAUCUUGGCUCUAG